GAUCGCGAGCGCAUUGGAGGACGCCAGGCGCCGUGAAGGUCGCAGCAAGCAAGCUACGAGCUAAUUGCGCCAAGGGGAAGGAAGGGAGCCGAGGAGGGCGGGCGAGGCAAGAGGAGGGAGGAAGAGAAAGGAGCGCGAUCGAUGAUUGGGGAGGGCGGGCGAGCGCUCACUACAGCGCCGGCAGCACACCUCCAGGUAACCCGCGAUGCGCCGACGGCUCUCGGCAGGCCAGGAUGCCGGGCGAGGGAACAAAAGAAAGAGAGAAGAUAAGAGGAGAGGAGAGGAGAUAGGAGGGAGAGGGAGGCGGAGACGGAGGAGGUUGGUGGAAAAAGGGGUACCCGUAUCUGGCUACUGGAACACCUAGCUCUACAGUCUAUCUGUCAGCGACACCAGCAUGGGAUAAACGACAUAACAUCCUGCUCCAAGUCCUAGCCACCACACCCCGUGACCGAUCCUGAUGCAGCCAUUGGCCAGAACGUCUGAAUAAUCGUCAUAGUUCCAUCCGACGUUGUAGUUCCAAAUCAAGAUGAAAAGGUGCCCGAGCACAAUCUCCAGAAGCCAGAUGUUGACAGGAAACAGCAGGACGUACAUACGCCACCGCGCACAGGAAGCAGCGGAGCUUCAGGCCCAGCGGGUAGGCGGCCACCCACGCCAGCGCCAGCCCGAGGCAGAGAAGCAGGCGGGGCGCGUCGCGCGGCAGCGGGUGGCCCGUCAGGUGCAGCAGCCUGAAGGCGCCCCGAUCCUGAGCCGUGGAACCGGCGCGUGCGGGGUCGCCCUUGUAGCCUGGACCGUAGACUCUGGCAACGGCCCCCGCCACCCUCUCCAGCUCCGCGCCCGUCUUCUUUGUCGGAGAGAAGGGGUGAUUCGAAGAGGCGAUGCACCAAGUCCAUUGCAGCGCCAGCGGCCGCUCUCGCGCUCCAGCCGCUAACGAAGCCUGGCGAGCAUGACAACGAUGAGCAUUGAGCAUAAACCAAAACU